ACUGUAGACACGCCAUAAGCUAGCACAACAUAUUUUAUUAGCAAAAACGCCACCAUUAUACUCGUAAUAGCCUCAGCUGCUAUCAACACAUUCACGGUAACUGUAGUACUGCCCUUUUGCAGGGCAAAGUGACAUAAUUUCGUAAAAAAAAAUUACGUAACGUUAAUUGUUUCAUUUACGUCUUUAAUCAUAUACCUACUAAAAUUUCAGCAAAGUAUAUAAAUUUGCCCUGCAAGAGAACAGUACCUCAGUUAUCGUGAAGGGGUUUAACUUAUACUAUAGUACCGAUAUCUAUACAUAUACAUGUAGAUAACGAUACAGUUUCAGAGGUAUAUAGACCUAAAUAGAUUACAGUAUCGCGAAAGAAUGUCGCAAAUUGAUUUGUUGGUCAAAAACGGGAGAAUAAUCGAUCCUGCAAAUGGAGUGGACACUGUUGCUGACAUAGCUGUGAAUGAUGGAAUGAUAAUAUCGAUUGGCAAUAAUAUACAGUUACAGGCAAAAGAGACAUUUGAUGCAACCGGUUGCUUGGUAACGCCAGGUCUGAUCGAUUGUCAUGUUCACUGCUACCAAUAUUCUACACCAUUAGGGAUUAACCCCGAUGAACAGUGCCUUUCCCGUGGUGUUACAACCAUCGUAGAUGGCGGGAGUGCAGGCUCCUCAACGUUUGAAGGUUUGCGGAAGUAUGUUGCUGAUCACAGUAAAACUCGAGUCCUGGCGUUCCUUCACAUUGCCCAGCAUGGUCUGGCAGCAUCGGGUUGCACCUCGGGAGCCCCCGGCGGAGAACUGGACUCUCUGAAUGUAGUGUCAGUUGACGAGUGUUCGAAGUGUGUAGUGGAAAACCGUGACCUGAUCGUGGGUAUCAAAGUCCGGCUGUCGGAUUCUAUCGCAAAUGAUGGGAAAAAUGAACACGAAGCUUACAGGCGAGCUUUACUGGCGUCCGAGAGAGCUGGCGUACCUCUGAUGGUUCAUCACACCAUGUCAACUGUAAAAACCCAAGUUGGUCCCGAUGAUUCCACAGAAUUAGGAUGUCCGCGAGACCUCAGACCGGGAGACCUGUACACCCACACGUUCCACCCCUACCGCUCGUGUAUCGUGGACGAGGAGACCCUGGCCAUCUACCCAGAUGUCAUCCGGGCCAAGGAAAGGGGGGUCCUGUUUGACGUGGGCCACGGGCAGGGCUCCUUUGGGUGGACAGUGGCGGAGAUCUGCGCGCGCUCCAACUUCUACCCCGACACGAUCAGCACAGACCUACACACGGGCAACCACCGGGGACCUGUGUACGAUCUGCCGACCGUGAUGUCCAAAUUCUUACACCUAGGUAUGCCACUUUCGGAUGUCAUCAGAGCCGUGACGUCAACGCCAGCAAAGGCAAUAGGACUGGGUAACGUGAUUGGCAGUCUGACCCAUGGGAAAGAGGCGGACAUCACUGUUCUUAAAAUUCAUGAUGGACAGUUUCCAAUGGAAGACUCUCAAUCCCAGGUUCGAGUUUUGGAAAAGCUUUUAAAACCAGUUACCGUGUGGAGAGCCGGAGUUGCGUACCCUAUUACUGAACCUAACCCCUUCCCUAAUCGACAGGCCAUGAACAUAAACAGCCGAGAGUGGGACAACAUCCGGGUCAGAGACGACGUCAGACCUCGCAUACAGUGAAAAGGACCGGAAAUGAUUUAUCUAUGUUACAUGUAUGAAGGUCUUCCGGUUUUUUCUUUUGCUCGCUUUUUACCGGUAUACUCAAUAAAAGAAAGGCGUUUUUUUAAAGAAGCUAAAAAUAUACCCACCUGUUCGCGCAUAUAACAUAUUUGCAAUACAUAAAAACAACAUCAAAACCUGAAUGGAGAUUAUUGGAAUACUAGAACAUACUGAUAUGUGAAAAGGACAGAACAGAACUACCUCAACUUCUAACGAAUGUCCUCAAAUUCUAACCUUGUGGUGAACUACUGCAUUUUUCUACUGAUUCCCGAUGCACGGUUUGUAAAGUGGAGCCUUCGUCAUCAGGACACUUUAUUUUCAGGCAAAUCGUCCGAAUAUCUCAAAUUUUUUUUGUGAUAAAUUAAACGGCUUAAAAUUAAGUCAGCCUCAAAUCUGAGGUUUGUCCUCAAUUUUAUGCACUUUUCUUUAAAGAAUUUGAGUUGAAGAAUGAGUUGAGGGAUUUGAAAUUUUUUGUGAAGGUGGAGCCAGGUAAUAUUCCUAAGCGUAUAUGAGCUAGAUCUGAAUUUCAAACUUGAAGGCAUGACGCUUCUAGAAAUGGAUGGCACCAGUGAUAAUUGGGAGAUGUUGAUUGUUUAAUGUUGAUUGUAACUUAAGUUUCCAGAGGAGUGAGCAGUUUUGCGAUUUAACUUUUUCCUUUAAGUUGAUACUGACAAAAACUGUACUUCUAAUAAUAAUUCAGUCAUACAAAAUUUAACCAUUUUGUCUUCCCUGGCCCUAAAAUACAACUAGAGCAUUUAUUUUUUAGUUGGCAUGACAAGUACUAGUAGCUUUUCCGUUACUCAGAUGUCACUGUAUACAUAUAAAGAAAAAAAAAUGAAAUGGAAUGAACUAUGUAUUCGGAUAUUUUUUUUUAAAUUAUAGAGAUAUCAGGCAGUUUCUUGCAUGUAUAUGUACAACUUUACAUAUUAGUCGUGACUACACAUAUUACUGAUAAUAGCUUUACUCUGUAUUGGAAAAUUAAAUGCUUGAAAAUCA